CUGCGGGCCUGCGGCUAAGCUAUGAACAUGUAUAUACACACACAUAAGAUAGAACGGCGACCUACCAUGCGAACAAAACCUGCGCACACCAGUUGGCCGACGUACACUAGCUCCACGACGCCGGAGAACGGAGAAGGAUCCGACCGCCGCACACAAACAUAUAACUGCAUCAUACGCAUCAUAUGUACUGGCGUACGCUACACAUAUAUACAUUCACACCCCACGCCAUUCUGCAAAACCCAACGAGAGGAAGGCAAACUGUGCGAUCUAGGAUCUUGCUUCGUCGGACGAGGAGGAAGCGAAGCUUCGACGGGAAUACCGCAACGACGCCGGAGACGGACUUUGACCUUGCCGCCAUUGAUGCCGGAGGGGCUGCUGCACCACAAAAGUAAAUUCUAUCUGUUCGCCGGAAUGAUACGCUCUACGCCGGAGAAUCUGCAACAUGGAUGUGCCAUCGAUCAAGAGAUCUGCUGCAAGAGUCUCCGGUCAGGAAAGCCGAGGCGUCGUCGCCGCCUGCUGCAGUAAAGACAGUCCGUACCCUCUCCUUUCUCACGAAGAAGCUAGACUCUGUUGCCACCGGACGGCCACACGCCACAGAGGUUAUAGCUGCCAGGAGAAUAACUCGGGACUGCAUGGCCGGUCAUCUCCGCCCGGAUGCUCUCGGUUGAGGAUGAAGCGAGAAGACGACGAACGAAGUACGUACGUAACUCUGCACUCUGAUUUCUACUCCGUGAAGGUGAUUUUUGGAGAAGAUCGAGAUAAAAGCUUUCAUAGGAAUUAUCGCGAUUUGAGGUGAGGAUGAUGUUGUCGAGUGAUGAUUGCUUGCACGGCCGAGAGCGAGUUAGAAGUCGCCUUAGUUAUACUAGUCAUGAAAUAAACAUUUACUUUACAAACACUUUAUUUUUAUUAAAUUAGUUGUUAUGUUUAAGUUGCCUGUGCAUCCGGUUGAGAGAUGACCGGAUGUGGCGGUAACACCCAUUUCCCUUAUUAAGACUUCCGCUGUACUUUCUUUAAAUUUUCAUUAUCAAUAAAUAAAAGUUUUAUUUCAAUUA